AUGUCCGUCGGACCUCGUCCGCACGCCACGCGCAGCCCCAACGAGCUUGUCAACGAUCCCAUCGUCGAUGGCAACAGCGACCACCGCGUCACCACAACCUCUGUACAUCAGCCAAGCCGCAGCGACCCACAAUUCACCGCCCGCGUCAUAGUAGGGCCGCCACCCUGGCUGCAAGCCGCACAGAAUGAGAGGCAAGCCUACGAGGCGAAGGUACAGAAGGAGCGCAGCGAGGCCGACGAGACACCCCAGCCGCCGGCUACCAGCACCCAUCACGAUGCCAUUGACCAGAAUAAGACGGAGACUGCCCUUCAGAGCCGCAGCGGCGCUCAACUUGGUCCUUUUGCAAGCGUUCCCAGUGUACAGCCUACCGCCGGAUACACUGAAGCAGGUCUUACCACGCUGGAUCCCGUUGCUGCUCACGGUGUCGAUCGCACUUCCCCAGGCAUAGCUGUGACCUCUGCAUCCCCAACCGCGCAAUUCGUUCAGCAUUCCCUCAGCAGAGGUGAUGUUUUGGACGCUGCUGACGAGCCAAUCCCGGAUGGAUACUGGGACCAGCUCCCACCAGGCUUCUCGGAAGAGCAAGCCGCCGUGAUGUGGGUUAAGAAGUCGAAGCCGUUCUGUCGGCGUUGUACGUUGAGGCAUCCUCCGCCGCACAACCAAAGGGUGACUCGGGCGCAAAGCUCGGGGACGUCAUGGAGUAACUACCGAAGUUCGGUGCGCAAGCGCAUAAGGAGAGGUGCUCUGCGCGAACAGGAGCAGCAGCUCCGAUCCCAACCUCCGCCUCCAUCUCUACAUCCCCAAAGCGACCCCUGA